UGUACACGGCUGUAGGACCAGGCCCCUGACGAGGAAAGUAGCACCGCCAAGUCAUCAGCACUCGAGAUGUCGCAUGAAGCCCUGCCAGCCCCUCGCGCCAGCCCCGGUGCCGCUCCCCAGGCUGUAAGGCUUAUAUUUGGCACUCUUUACCCAGCGUAUUACUCUUACAAAGCCGUGAAAUCGAAGGACAUCAAAGAAUAUGUCAAAUGGAUGAUGUACUGGAUCAUAUUUGCGCUCUUCACAACAGCAGAGACGUUCACGGAUAUCUUUCUUUGCUGGUUUCCAUUCUACUAUGAACUCAAAAUAGCUUUUGUAGCUUGGCUGCUGUCUCCAUACACAAAAGGCUCCAGCCUCCUGUACAGGAAAUUUGUUCACCCAACACUGUCUUCAAAAGAAAAGGAGAUCGAUGACUGCCUCGUCCAGGCAAAAGACCGGAGCUACGAUGCCCUUGUGCACUUCGGGAAGCGGGGCCUGAACGUCGCGGCCACGGCAGCUGUCAUGGCAGCUUCCAAGGGACAGGGAGCCUUGUCCGAGAGACUAAGGAGCUUUAGCAUGCAGGAUCUCUCGACCAUUCGUGGAGACAGCAGCAGCACUGUUCCUCCGUCGGUCACUGUACGAACAAGUAGCAAACAGAGCCAGCCAAAACCAUCCAGAAGUGCAUCGGAAGGCACUGGCAGCUCAGCCUUUAUUUUCCAAUCCAGGCAUCUGAGAAACUGCAUGUGGGUGUGCUGGGAUCUUGAUGGUUUGGGUGCCGUGCCCAUAGCCCUUCUUCUGCCAUUUGUUCAUUCCGGUGCUCCUGCACUCACCCAUUUCCCUGCACCCUCCAUUCCUACCAACCCACUACAAUCCUCUGCAAGUGCAGCUCCCAAAGCCACUGAGUUUACAAAGGAUCAGUAGCAGGGACAGGAACCCGAAGUGUUAUUUUGUCUGGAUGUGCUGAGAAGCGCCGAUGUACGUGGGGUUUGCUCGAGGAAGGAGGCAUUGCUAGGCCGUAGCCAACCUUGCAGAUGGGAAAGCCAAGCACCGCUGUAGCAGUUGUAACCCUUUUUACUUUGAGACUGGCAUCUCCGCGCCUGGGAGCGUGUGUGAGCAUCACUCACUUCUGCAGGGGUCGCAGGCUUUGAUGAAGAAGUACAUACACAUACUGCCUGCGGCGGUGCUUUUGUAACAUUUCAGAAAACACCCUUUGUUUCUCUCCUGUGGCUCUCAGGGAUGCACAAAGGCUGAAGAAUCUGUUUUCCAUCUAGCACAGGCUCUUAAUUUUCUCAGGACGAGAGGCAGCAGUGCCAAGGAGAGAUCAGGAGCCUUACGAAAACAAGAAGUGCUGCCCUCAGGCCGUGCAGCAGGCCAGCUGAGGCCACUCGAGCCAUCCAGUAGUAAAGAGCUACAGGCUUGGGAAGAAAUCCUGAAAAUGGUGUAGCUGGGCUCCUAAGGCAGCCAGCCCUGGGAAUGUCAGGAGUUAUUUUCUCAUGCUGUCAGGCAUCUCUUGGGUUUUCCUAAUAAGUCCUGCUGGGGAGCUGCCCUACUGCUCUUGGCCUCGGGCUGUGGCAGUCCCCGAGCUGGGAGUCUGGCUGCUGGGAGAGUGUCCUGGGGAAGCAGUGCUGCUGCGUGCCCUCCUAUAUACACUGCCCCGCACUGCUGCCAGCUGCUGGCAGUGACGGGCCUGACCAGAGCUCUGAGCUGACCUAGCGUUGCUGUUCUUGAUUUCUUGAGUGUUCACUUUUCUGUUUACACGUCUAUAUUUUUUCUUGUUGGUUAAGCCAGGGACUUGUGGGACCCGCAAUAAAUUAAUUCAGCGUUUGAUUCAAAUAAAAAAAUACUUUCUUUUACAGUUUCUAUGGGAUUAUUUUUAACUCAGACCAAUUUGCUGAUAAACCUCACAGGGGAGCUCCAAAACAACUCUGUUAAGGCACCUUUGGAGAGAUGUAGUAUGAAGCCAAGUGGUGAGGAACGGGAAGCUCCUCAAGCCAGCUUUGCCACUGAACGACUGGUACAUGCCUCACUUAAAACGAUGUGGCAAAGACAAGAGAUGGCUCUUUAGGUCAAGAUUACAGUUCAGAUGAAUCCCUAUACCCUAAGCACUGGAAAAACAGCCGGAUGUGGUGUGGGACUUGGUGUUACUCAGUUCCAGUCCUGUUGCAUGACUGUUUAAGAGCAGAUGCGAUAUUUAAAGGAGAGUGAUUUGGAAAGACAGGGAUAGAGAGAGGUCUGCUGCCUUCCCUGCACAGAGGAGACAGCUGAAACUCAGGUUUGUUGGUAUGAAAACCCGCUCCCACAGUGAGCACUAGGAGGGGCUUGGGUUCUGCUUUCACAUCUCUCGGGCGUGCUUCCAAGCCCACCGAGAAAACCCUCCUGACACCGGUGGGCUUUGGCUCUGGCCAAAAGCUGGCUGCAGGACCAUGCUAUACCCUGACUGCAUUAAAUAACUGCUCGGCUUGUUUCAUUUCCAUUGUUGUGAUUUUUUAUAACGUGACUGGUGCUGGUUAGAUUGAUUUGUGACCCUCUGAAUUCCCUUUUGACAGAAGGGAAUCGCUGUGUGAAGAGCUUGGCAUUCAGUUAGCAAAGACCACGGGCAGACACAGCGAAGGUUUAUUUUUGCCCGCUGAAGAGUGUCUUGUGAGGUCAAGACAUAGAAUAUGCCAGAGGCUGAGACAAGGAGAAUUAGCUCUUCCUUUCCGGUACCUUUUGCUGCUUUUUCAGUAGCUGCAUCCACCCCUUGGCCAGGCACCGAAGGCAGCUGUGCUGUUGCUUGAGCAAUCGCUGAGAUGCUCGGCGAGCUUAACCCGCCGUCUCUGCUGCCUUUUGUGCCGACAGCUGAGCCAUGUUCACACCCAUCCCACAGAAAGACCCCGCUCCUCCUCCUCCCUGCACCCAGCCAAAAACCACACGCAGACGACACGAGGAGCAACGUCUGCUUCACCGUGCCUUGAAACACGUGCGUGAAACACACGCACCUUCCUUCAGCACACGCCAAGGAAACACGGGGGUUGCCCCUCCUGCGUGUAACGGGCCGACCACCUGUCCUCUUUAUGUGAGCCCUCACUUUGCUCCUAGCUCAGCGUUUCUCCAUUUAGCCUCUUGGCAGCCCGAUGGUAGCCUGUGGUAUUUCAGCCUCGAUGCAUGUUCCAGCCCGUGCUUCUCCUCCGGGCAGAACUGCCCCUUUCGUUUGGGAACUGUAAAUGUCGUGUGGCUACUCGUCAUUAUAGAGAUCUGGGAGCUCCAGAAAAGCAUUUCUGAAUAUUUUUCAAGGUACUGCUGUUUUUCUGGCAAAUGCCCAGUUACAACCCACAUGCAGAUGUCUGUAUUAACAGUGGGGGCUUUUGCACUUCAUAACGUUGCGUUACUGCCUUGGAGACAUCCCGGACAGUGCAGGCAAAACUUGUUCCCUUCUGCUGUGACUUGAGGAGUGGGAUACUGGCCACAGAGCUCAGUCCCACAGUUGAUGCAAACAUAUGGGGUGGUUGCUGAUGUCAGCUGAAACCUCCAGUGUGGGCUGAGCACUGAAGCCAGCCUUUAUUUUGGGACAGCCAGGGGGACAUCCCCCAGCAAGCACAUUUGCACUGCUUGACGGGACAUCGGUGUCCAGAGCUGACACUGCCUGGGCAAGAGUAUCACGUCCUCCGAAGGCACCGUAUUGCCCGGACCGAGUGCCCUUUCUGCUGAAGCUUACCUCAGGCAGAGAUCGUCCUUAGCUGGGGUGAUCUCAAAGCAGAAACAUGCAGUGUGCUUUCUGACACUCCUCUGUGCAGGAGAGUCGGGGCUUAAGUCCAACUUAAGCUCUAAAGGCUUUGCAGGACAGAGCAGAAGUGUGGGAAUAUCAGUACUCAGGAUAUUCCUGGAUAUCUCUGUCUCCGCUCACCAGAAAAACUCUAGAAAGAUAUAUGAGAACAGCCUGUAUACAUACGUUGUACGAGCUCUCAGAAAAUAAAUUGUCAUAAAAUUGAGGUCGGUUACCUUCUAUGUAAAAUCAGAAGCUAAACCCACAGAAAUCAAAAAUCAGCAGACUCUAUGUAAAAUCAGAAGCUAAAUCCGCUAAAAAUCCCUUGAGCUGGCCCAUCCUCCUGUCUUUUGUACAAAGGCCAUGGCCUUCAUGGCAGCAUCAAGCCAGCAGGAGCCAGCAGACCUGCUGAAAUGAUACAACCCGGCCGCUUGCUUCUGCCCCAUACCAUCCUUUCCUUUGGACACAUAAAAAUCUUGUUUGCAUACCCUGACCCCAGUCAGGGAUUUGGUUCGGACUAAAUGCUGUUUCUUGCUUCCAGGCAGCUCUCGACCUGGGACAGGUCCUCAGACCUGUGAACAGCAGCAGAGAUCAGCACUGGGGCAGGGAAGGUGGAGGCUGCAGCGGGACUUCUUGCAGCAGCAGUGCUGGCUUGGGCUGGUUUAAAAUAACUGUGGGACUAUGGGGGAGCUGUCAGUGCAGUGCGGGAUAAUCGGGACCAAAGAAACCACACAAAACUCAGACCUUUUUUCUCCAAAAGCCGCUUUUAUCACUUAUGUCGCUGUGAGGAUUAAAGCGGAAGGCUCAAACUGGACGUGGUUCCUAGGCUGCUUCCUGAGGCAGAAACCAGCCGCAAGGUGAAGCUGCAAAGGUCACAAAUUUACAACACCUGUGAGUCACCCGCACUGAAGGACACAGAGCAGCUCCCUUGUUACUUGCAUUACUGCAAUUCCACUGCAAAGCUCCUCGGUGUGUCCCUGAUUUAAGAAGGUCAGGGAUCUAGGAAUGUAUUUUAAAGGUUGGGCCAGAUGAUCUCAGAGGUCUUUUCCAACCUAAGUGAUUCUGUGGUUCUGGGUUCCUUCAGAAGCCAUGAGUGACUGCGCCAGUGCGUGCAAAUGUCCUGCCUCAGCCCACUGAACAAAACAUCCAGGCACGCAGCAAUACAAGCCCCAGGACUGCACCCUGUGUUUGUCAUCAUGCAACCUUAUACAUUGCUUCUCCACGCUCCCGGUCCCCUCUAGCCAGGAGUUAUUUGUUUCGUGAUGUGAGAGCAGGGCCAGGGUACGCAGUGCCAGCCUCAGCACCCGUUAGCACGGCCUCAGGUGAGCCCCGAGCUUUGUGCUGGCGAAGAGAAACGGUCGUCUCCACACAGACAGGAGCCCUGGAGUCCACCUCGGGACUUUCCAGCAGAGGAAGCCACGCUAAGCGUUUGCUGAGAGGCGGUAGCUUCCCUGGGUGAGUGCCUAACGCUCAG